AAUGUCCAUAGUUUAAGUAGAUGAGACAGUACUGUUGAAUAACCUGCCUCCUACUAUUUCGACUUUUCAGUUUUUCACGGCAUGGAUGCAUUCAACAAGUAUUUAUUGAGCGGCUGCGUUUUAAGUAACUUCGUUGAGUUUGUGUAGUUAAAAAAAAUAUUUUUGAAAAUGUUAAAAGUUUCAAGUGACGUGCAAUAUGCAUCUGUUUUUAUUUAUGAUGGAAGUAGAUACAUGACUUUACCUUUGAGCUGUAUACCAUCAUUUAAAGUAAACAAUUUCAUACCUGCAGAAAAAAAGUACAAAAUCUUGUUGAAGGAUAGAUUUUUUGAAGGAAUAGUGCUUUCUGUAGGAGCAACAGUACAAGAAUUAAAAUCCAAGGAAGAAAGCGAGAAUAAGAAAAGGAAAACCAUUCCUACUUUAAAAACUCUGCUGUCUGCCACUGAUUCGUCAACGGAGGAAGAACGUCAAGUUAAAAAAAGGAAGAAGACUCAGUUGAAAACCAAAAAGGGACCUUACAGCACAUCAAACGUGAAAAAAUGUUUAGAAGAACAGUUACAAAAUGUUCGAUUGCAAAACUCUUUAACUGCGGCUGCAUCAAAACAACUACUAUCUGCAAACAGGCAACCAACCACCUCGAAUACACUAUCAUCCACAAAGAAACCACAAUUACCCCAAAAAAAUACACCAUCAACCGCUGCAAAAACCCCACCAACCACAUAUAAUGAUAGAUCGUCCAACGUCCUUCCGGCAGGACGAAAAAGACUCAGGUGAGUCCCUCCGAAAUCACUAAAGAAAACUUACAUGGAUUCAGAUAAAUAAAAAAUGAAAUAUAUCAUUAGAAAGGUAACGAAUCAAGCUUUCAGCGCAUAUAAAUAUCGAGCUUGUAAGUUCAAAACUAAGGGCUGGGUAGUUUGAAGAAGUUACAUGUUCCAAAAAUUCACAUAAUUUUUAGUCACAGAAUGACGAAGCCCGGUCCUGCCGGCAGGACGCUUUUCGCUUUAUUUAAGAGACUACCUAGCCCAGGUUUAUAAAUUUAAAGACUCGAUAUUUACAUCAUUUGAAAGCUUGUUUCAUUACCUUUCCAACGAUAUAUUUAGUUUUAUAUUUAUCUGCUUCCAUAUUAAUUUUAUAGAGCAAUUUCGAAGGGACUCGCGCCUGAGUAUUACUCAGAUAUACUGAACAAUAUUAAAAAUGAAUUUUUUUUUAAU